AUGUCUGGUCGUGGGAGGAAAGAGAGCUACGCCAUCUACGUGUACAAAGUGCUGAAGCAGGUCCACCCCGACACCGGCAUCUCUUCCAAGGCGAUGGGCAUCAUGAACUCGUUCGUCAACGACAUUUUCGAGCGCAUCGCCGGCGAGUCGUCCCGCCUGGCUCACUACAACAAGCGCUCCACCAUCACUUCCCGGGAGAUCCAGACAGCCGUGCGCCUCCUGCUGCCCGGAGAGCUGGCCAAGCACGCCGUGUCUGAGGGCACCAAGGCCGUCACGAAGUACACCAGCUCCAAGUAAACCGAGACCGUCCCC